AUGCCUAAAUCCAUCGAUUUCGCCGAGCGUCCCGCCGAACUAGUCCUAGCUAAGAAGCCCCAAAGAAGACAAGAUCAAUACAUCUCGUCCUCUGUGCUCGACGAGCUCACCCUGUUCGCUGAAUAUGCAGCCGCAUCGUACUGCAGCAACAAUAUCGACUCAACCGGCGAUGAUGUUACCUGCUCGGGAGAUUAUUGUCCCUUGGUGCAGUCCGCAGGCGCCAAGACCUUGUAUGAGUUCAACGACUCAACGGAAUGGGGAGACGUUGCAGGCUUCCUCGCUGUAGAUACGACCAACGAGCUGAUCGUAUUGUCGUUCCGAGGCAGUCGUAGUAUCAGCACUUGGAUUGCUAACUUGGACUUCGGUCUGACGGAUGCCAGCAGUCUCUGCGACGACUGUGAGGCGCACUCGGGAUUCUGGAAAUCCUGGGAGACCGUAGCGGACGACAUGACGGCACAGAUUGAAUCUGCGCAAAGUAGCUAUCCCAGCUAUACCCUGGUGCUGACCGGCCAUAGCUUCGGGGCCGCUGUGGCCGCGUUGGGCGGGACUGCGUUGCGGAAUGCCGGAUAUACACUCGAUCUGUACACAUAUGGCCAGCCGCGCGUGGGCAACGAAGCACUGGCGACGUACAUGACCGGCCAAGGCAGUCUAUGGAGAGUGACACAUGAAGAUGACAUUGUUCCCAAACUGCCGCCGAUGUCGUGGGGGUUCAGUCAUGCAAGCCCGGAGUAUUGGGUCACCAGCGACAACGAUGUGACGGUGACGACGAGUGAUGUCGAGGAGGUUGUGGGGGUUGAUUCCACUGAUGGAAAUGCAGGCACGUCUGGGGAGAGCAUCUCGGCACACAAUUGGUACUUUGUGGAAAUUGAUGGAUGCGACUAG